AUGUCCGAAGCACCCAAGACCAACUGGUACGACGCCUUUCCGGCGCCCAAGACCACGGCGGCCCUUUUGUCACGUGAAGCCGCCCUGGCAAGCCUGUCUUCGUCCCACCUCCUCGUCGUGGACGUGCGUCGCACCGACUAUGAAGGCGGCACCAUUCGCGGCAGCAUCAAUCUCCCCGCGCAGUCCUUCUACAUGAACACUGCUGUCCUGUACGAUCUAUGUAAGCGCGCAGGCGUGAAGCAGGUCGCCUUCUACUGUGAUUAUCUUGCUGAGAAAGGCGAGACUGAAAUCCAGUCGCUUACGCUGGCUGGUGGCAUCAAAGGGUGGGUCAAAGCCGGUGCUUCUUUCACGCAAGCAGUAGACAGCUACGAUCCGGAAUACUGGAGGCAGUUUGACGAAAGCAAAUAG